UCACUCUCGGUUGGAACUGUGCGCCAAACGGUUCUCCAUCAUUUUGCUGCUGAGCGCCAAGUCGCUCUUUAAGCUCAAUUCUAUAGCUAUCGCCGCUGCGAAAAGGAGUGAAAACACGCGUAUACACACACAAAAAUCAAAGAAAAAAUGUACACAAACUUAAUAAAAAGUUCACAUAAUUAUUGGCUGCCAUUGCUGAUGCUGUUAAUAGGCGCCUCAAGGCAUCAUGUCACUGGCAACUCCAUACCCACUGCGACAACGCCGACGGGCGUAUUCGAGACGCGCACCGAUCAGGUGCCAAGUGGAGUGAGCGCAGCGCUGCCGCUGCCUGCAGCAUCCUAUGAUGACAUUGAUACAUUUGUGCCCUUUCGCAGCGACUCACAUGACAAUUUCUCAUGGCAGCUGCUGAAGGCGGUGCUGCUGAACGAUACGGAGCAGCAGAAUAAUGUCAUCAUAUCGCCGUUCUCCAUCAAAUUGGUUCUGGCGAUGCUCUCGGAGGCAUCGGGCACCAAUACAAAGACACAACAAGAGCUGAUAAGCACCCAGCCAGACAUCAGAUCGGCGAACAAUGUGCGCGAGUUCUAUCGCAAGACCCUCAACUCGUUCAAAAAGGAGAAUCAACUGUACAACACACUGAAUGUGCGAACCAAACUGUUCACGGACAACUUUAUCGAGACACAGCAAAAGUACACAGCCACCUUGAAACACUUCUACGACGGCGAUAUCGAAGCUCUGGACUUUGGCAAUGCUCCGGCGGCGGCCUAUGCCAUCAACGAGUGGGCGAGCAAUGUCACAGAUGGAAGACUAAACAAUCUGGUCACGCCGGAGACUGUUCAGGAAUGCGUAAUGCUGCUGACGAACGUUAUCUACUUUAAGGGUCUGUGGCGUCGUCAGUUCUAUCACACAUUUGAGGGUGCCUUUUUCCGUACGCAAAAUGCCCAGACGCGCGUCCAGUAUAUGGAGCAAACGGAAUAUUUCUAUUAUCACAACUCAGACAAGAUGAGGGCACAGAUACUGCGGCUGCCGUACAAGGGCAAGAAUUCAAUGUUUGUGCUGCUGCCGCAUGCCACGGACGGUAUCAAUGAGCUGCUGCAGGCUCUGGAAAACGACGAGGUCAAGAGCGCCCAGUGGGCCAUGGAGGAGGUCAAGGUCAAGGUGACGCUGCCGAAAUUCCACUUUGACUACAAGCGCAGCUUCAAGGAAACACUCCAACAGCUGGGCGUACGUGAGAUUUUCGAGACGACCGCUUCACUGCCAGGUCUCACGCGCGGCGCCGAUGUCUCCGGCAAGGUGAAAGUCUCGGAUAUACUGCAGAAGGCUGGCAUCGAUGUCAACGAGCAGGGCACAGAAGCCUAUGCCGCCACCGUCGUCGAGAUUGAAAACAAAUUCGGCGGCUCUCAGACCAUUGUCGAGUUCAACGUGAAUCGCCCGUUUGUGUUCUUCAUCGAGGAGGAGGCAACCGGCAACAUUCUGUUCGCCGGCAAAGUCCAUCAACCCUACUAAUAAGCUAAGACAAUAGAACGAGACCGACUACUACAAAGCGUCGCACUUGAUAUGCUUAUUUGAUUACAGAGUGACAUAAAUAAUAAACAAAAGCUAUAGUACUUAUACAAAU